UCUCGGACCGUCCAGUUGGAGACGUGGCUUCAUGGCGGCUUCAAAGAAAGUUUGCAUUGUUGGUGCUGGCCCGUCUGGUUUAGUUGCAGCCAAGUCACUCCUCCAUGACCAGCCCAAGGGGACCUUCGAUGUCACCAUCUUCGAAGCGCAGAACCGUGUGGGCGGUCUUUGGCCGUCGAGGAAGGACGACAACGCCGGUUUGGUUCACCCGCUCAUGGUAGCUAACCAGAGCAAACAUAUCGUCCAGUUCAGCGACCUGGCAUGGCCCGAUGACGCCCCCGAAUUUCCCAGAGCUUGGCACAUUGGGCGCUAUCUUGAGGCAUACCAUGAUCGAUACUGCCGGGACGCCAAAAUCCACCUUGGCCAGCGCGUCGUUCACUCUGAACUGCUUCAACCAUCUGACCAAAGUGUCGAGGGAGCCAAGUGGAAGGUCCGGACAUGUUCUCAAGAUGGCCAACAGCUCGACCAUACGUUCGACUACCUACUCGUCGCAUCUGGUUUCUUCGGCAAACCGGUGAUACCUCCACCAGUGGCCGCUAGUGGUGAUAUACCGGUGGUCCAUAGCAGUCAGUACCGGACUCUCACCGCCUUACUCGAGCAGACAAAAGGUGUCGGGCGCAAGAUCGUGGUGGUUGGAGGCCAAAUGUCGGGUGUCGAGAUAGCCGGUACUAUCGCAACCCACCUCUCCUCGGCAAUGCAUGCGCCUGGCUCGAGCCCGCUUCAGCACUUGGACGAGUACUCGAUUCACCAUAUUUCCCAGAGGCCUCCCGCUCUGGCCAUUACAAACACCGACACGGACCAGCCCCCUUACCUGGCCGUUAGUGACACUUAUGCAGACUUUGUCCGCAGCGGGCUCAUCUCGGUGUCACGUGGAAAACUAGACUCGCUGACCGCCGAUACUGUCACCGUCACAACAGCUCGGGGAGAGGUAAGCAAAAUCGACAAUGUUGCGGCAGUAGUGCUCGCAACUGGCUUCGAGGCAGCAUCGUCCAUCUCUUUCCUGCCGUCCUCUGUUCAAGAGAUCUUGUCGGUGGUGCCCUCUGACCUGAACACUACUGUUGCCUUGGCCUUUCACGGUACCCAUCAUCCGGCAAUUCCCUCCUUGGGGUUUGUGGGUUUCUACCGAUCACCCUAUUGGGGUGUCAUGGAGAUGCAAGCCCGCUUUGUCACAGCUUUGUGGGCGGCCGGAGGACCUACUUCUUCGUCACUUCCUCCCAGAUUGGCUGCAGCUCUUGCUGAAGAUGAUUCCAUUGAGCGGACGUUGGCUCUGCGAACUGAUCCUCGAGUUUCUCAGUUCCCCAUGGGCGAUUACCCAUGGCUCAUGCAAGAGUUUUCGAAGGCUCUCGAAAUUGACCGCAUACCACCGUUGGGGGAAAUGCCUAGAGUUCCACCAGCUGACCAGAGCAUGAACAUCCUGACACCAGCACGCUAUCCCGCAAAGCGAACAAGUGAGGCACAACGUACAGAAGCCACAAAGUCUAUUCAGCAGACUGAGAGCACAACAUGGUCUGGUGUUUCCUCGGCAAGGUUUGUUGCAAAAGCCAUCUUCCGUUCCCUUUUAGGGGAAUGGAAGCUUGAGAGGGAUCUUGUGAGUCGUCUUCCCACUCACCCGAGCGGGCAUUUCAGUGGUACCGCGAGGUUCCUGCUCAGGGAACGUACAAGAGACGGACGUGAAGCCGAGCACGAUGCUGCUUUGGAAAAAGAUGACGAUAUCGGGUUGGAAUAUCUCUACGUUGAGGAAGGAACGUUCACUGCCUCUAACGGCUUCUCUUUCCGUGCUACGAGGAGAUAUGUUUGGAGGUAUGAUGAAAAGAAAGACAAGCUGAGCGUCUGGUUCGUCAAGACGGACGAUCAAAAGAAGGCGGAUUAUCUGUUCCACCAAGUGGAGUUCGUCAUUCCGGACACAGGGACUGAGGAUGCACCCCAAGCAUGGCGAGCAAACGCUGGACAUCUAUGCAUCGACGACUUUUACGACGUCGACUACCGCUUCAACUUCAAGGCCGUCAAUCUCAAAGAUUGGUCUCUAGCCUACCAAGUCAAGGGGCCGAAGAAAGACUAUGUGAUUGAGGGGACCUACACACGGUGA